CCAUCCUUGAACGAAUUAGUUGUUUUUUCAGCUCCGUAGCUCCGGUUAAAUGUCCGAGGGUCCCGCGGCGGUUAGUCGAGCGCUGGCAUAAGGAAACCGUAUCGUUUGGUGCAGUGAGACAAGUGCGUAUCGGAUUAAGACCAUGAAGUUUCUUCUUCUGGCGAGCUGCUUGCUGGUUACGGGCUUAUUAACGGUCGAGGCCGUGGCCGGCGUCGAGGAGGCGGCCGGGGAGAAGCCGGAGAUCACAAAGCUGGAGCUGGUGGAUCUCGGCGAGGGAGAAAGCGAUAUCGAUGCGAAAGACACGGAAGUACAAAGGAAGAGGGACUCGGGUUAUUCGUAUAAGAGGCCGGGGGGCGGUUUCGCGGCGGCCACAAGAGCGCGCUUCCAAGUCGGACAAUCCGGGCACAGAGGGCGCAUCGUGAACAGACAUCCCGCCCAAAUAAACAGACCGGUUAUGAAGUAUGGGCCGCCCGGCUAUCCGAGCCAAGCCGGGCCGAGGCCGUCUCCUCAGAAUCAACAGCACCGAGAUAAAUUACAAUUCCCCGGUCAUUUCGGGCAGCAACAUUCGGGCAACUUCGACAAUCGGCCGGGCGGCUUGCAGGAGCAGGGCGUGCCGAGUCCAAUUAGGCAGGUCGACUUCGUGGAGCCGAGUCCGAUAGCCAGUCAGAACAACGAACCCUUCGCGUCGCACGCGGCGAACUACCUGCCGCCCCAGAACCAGAAGCUACCCGGCUACGCGCAGCAACAACCCUUCUCCCCGAUACAAAGUCCCGCGAACAACGGCCCGGAACAGUUGGUCAAUUUUCAAAGUCAGAGCCUGGUGCAGCCGCAGCCGGAGUUCUCGGACGCGACCGUUUUCUUGACGCAGAACGCGCAAGCGAUACAACAAUUGUACGGGGCGCCAGCGAACGAGCAAGACUUCGCCCCAAACGAUGCCCCGUUCCCAGGGCAGACGAACCAAGUGCCGUCCCCGCUCGGCCAGUUCGAAAAUUUCGAGAGCAGCUCCCAGAACCCCCUGGGCUUCCCCGGCGCCCUGCCGUCUUACGCAUCCGGCACCCUGAGCGCCCAGGAAACCCUGGAGCAGAUUCAGUCGCUCGAAAAGGACCGGCUGAUCAUCCAGCUGCAACGGGCGCUCGCCAGCCAGACUCAGGCCCAAAACGCGGACGCAGCCGGAAGGUACGCUCAAAAUCAGCCGGGCUUCGUUCAGAGUCAAGAUCUUCUGGCUUCCCUCGGACAGCGAAUGAAGAUUCACGGUUUGAACGCUCAUCCGGGUACCGUAACGGUCGGCUCCGGAAAUACCGCUUUCAAUCAAUCACCUUUUUUGCCAGGGACAACGGUCGGUCCGGUGUUACCGCUUAACUACGGAGUAUCGAGCACAACAACCCGGCCGCCCCCGACCUCCGUUACGACAUCAACGACAAGCACGCAGCCUCCUCAGGCUACCAAAGGGGACGGGACCACGCCGCUCGGCUCCGUCGAGCCAGCGACCACCUUGUCACCCACCGCAGCAGUUCCAGUUUACGCCGGCUUCGUACCGACCCUGAUCUCCGGCACGAGUUUCGUGUCGAACGUGCCGACCUACGGGCCCGGCUUCUUCGCGCCCGGCGCCGUCGGCGUCGUCCAGCCGUCCGGUUCCUCGCCCACGCAUUUCGGGCUGCCGAUCCCGACGAACCCCAGGCCGGUCCUAGGGAGCGUACCCUCAACAGUGACCUCAUCUUCUCCGUCGACUCCGUCGAGUUCUUCGACGCCUUCCACGAGCCGUCCCAGCGUCCCAUCGUCCCCGCCGGUCAACCCGGCGCCUCUUCCCGUGCAUCCUAUCGCCGCGCCGUUGCAUCCUGUCGUGACACAGCUCCAUCCGGUGGCCUCUUUGCAGCCGAUCCUGCCCGCCGUGCCGGCCCAAGCGCAUCAUCCCGUGCAGUCGCCGCCGGCGGCGCAUCCGACGUACGGCAUCCAGUCACCGGUGAUCAAUCCGUUCCUGUACAAGCCCGUCAAACCCGUCUACCCGCUCUAUUAUUACCCGAACGUGGCGUACCAGCUGCAGAAGCCCGCCGCGCUGCCGACUUACCCGUGGAGCUACGCGCCGACCUACGCCACGCAAGCGAAACCGGCCCAAAUAUGGAAGUGACGCGGCGGGCCCGGUUCCCUCUCGCGAGCGAGCGAGCGAGCGAAUUCUGACCCGCCCUUCCUUCUUCAUCGAGACUGACUGUUUACCCGCGCGGAAAAGCCUGGCUGCGGGAACGGGAACGAGAAGAAAGUAAUCGGCGCCGCUGGAUCAAUGUCGCGGUCACGAUGACACAGUUCUGAUCGGCGGGACGAGGCGACGCUGUCGGUCCCACCGCCGCCGCUUAAUAAGCAUCGUUGUUGGCCGUGCAAUUCGCAAGCCUGGCAUAGAUAAUUUCCGACCGCUAGAUAUUUGCGUUGAAUUGUCGAUCGCGAUCGAGACUGUUCGCAGCCGUGGCCACGCGGAAACGCGUCUCAAUCAGAUCCUAGGAGGCAACCUUGUUUUCUUGUUGUUCGUCUUUUUCUGUUUUUUUUUUAUUUUUAUAUAUAUACUAAUUAUAUAUAGAUAUAUUAUAUAUUUACGUAUAAAUUCUCGUUGAAUUACGUAUCGCUAUUGUAAUCGGUAAAUGGUGCUUCCAAUUGUUGGCUGGAAUUAUUACAACUUAAUAUCGUACGUACGAUGUGGGAUAAACGGUGUGAGCUAUGUUUGUAUACUUUUUAUCGAUCUAGGUCGUUGUGAUUUUAUUGUGUUAGGUGUAAUUUUAGUAUAGACACCGUCGAGAGACGCUAUUUAUUAUCGUAAAUAAAUAUUUUUUUACCGUCCGAA